AUGGCCGAGGCGGGGACGCUGCCGCCCGCGGCGGUGUCCGAGGGCUCGCCCGGCGCCGGGCCCCGGAGGAUCGGCGGCGGGAGCGAGGGGUCGCGGCCGCCGGAGCUGCCGGCCGGCGACACGCGGGAGCUGCUGGAGGAGGUGGAGAUGCAGAUCGGCGACGCCGCCUUCUCGCUGGCGAAGAUCCUGGAGGCGACGUCGGCCGUGUCGGCCCAGGUGGAGGAGCUCGCCACCAAGUGCUCGGAGAACGCCCGGUUCCUCAGAACAUGGCGGGACCUGCUGAGGGAGGGGUACGAGUCCCUGAAGCCCAGCGGCUGACCCUGCCCCUGCGGCGGCUCCGCCGGGUCACGCUGAGCUGCGCGCUUGUGGCGGACUGGAAUGCGGGUUUUUUUUAAAACGACCUUUUUUACGGACUUCACGUGGGUUUUUGUUUUCCUUCAGCAGCUCCCCGUGAGCCCUGAGUUCUUUCAAAAAUACUUGAUGACUCGUAUGGAUGUUGUAUGUAAGUCACCGAGUAAAAUAACUUUGUUUAGGGAAUCAGUUAUGACUUUUGGACUCUUCCGUUGCAGCUUAAGCGAUCUUAUACGUGAAAUACUCUCCCUUUUUCUUUUUGCUAAUGUGGUGGAUGCAAAGUUAGUAUGUGUGGUACGUCCAGCACUCGUUACUGGUGGGGAAGUGGUGUCCUGUGAGGAGGUAUUGUCAGCCUUCCUUUUUAAGAGCUGUCACCAGUGGAAACCCUGCCAACUCCAGAGAAACUUGCUGAACUAACUUCAGUUUUUCUCUAUGCACACUUUUUCUUCGUGUUGAGGAUGGGAUAAUAUGGCAAGUCGUGGCUUAUUUAUGAGCUUUAGAUAAGCCUCGUAUCCCAAACCUUACUAUUUUUAGCAGUACUGCAAUAUAUUUCUAUAAAGCUGCAGAUUUUUUGCCAGAUGCUUGGUUACUGCAAACAAUUUUACACUAUCUUUUGUUGUAAUAAAGUGCCUUAUGAUGGACCAUAUAUCUCUGCAUGGUAGAAGUUUAACAGCAUUGUUUACUGAUAGGGUGGAUUAUUUUGAACUAUAAGUUAAAGCUUCCAUCUGUUAGAAAAGAAUCUGUGAAAUGUAUUCUCCCAUCUCUCGGGAAGCAUGUUAGAGCUUUUUCAGUAUUUGAUCGUGUUUUAUAUCUUUGCCUUAAGCAGUUAUUAGUUAGUUAGUCUAGAGCUUACAGUUAACAGAGCCUUGUGGUCUGGAAGAUUGCUAAUCUGUAAUAAAUAGCUGUACUGAAACUCCUGUACCUUUACCAGAGCAAUGUGAAAAAAGUAAUGCUGAAAUGCAGUGGGAGGCUGCAGGAGGACAUAGUUCUACCAUGAUUUAUUAGUCAGCCUUAUUUUUACUGGUAGAAGAACUUUUUAAAAGACAAACUGUAGUUUUCUUAUCAAAACAAUAAAGGUGUUACAAAAAAUUCUG